AUGUCUGAUCCAGCUCCUACCAGCAACCCGGUAGCUGCCGAUAUCGCCCAAGAUGUCACCCCGACCGACACUGAACCCUCCACCAAAUCCACCAAGCCUCGAGCCAGGCUAGGCCCCAUGGAAAUCGUCCAGCUUCCAGCCUCAGACUCGGAGCCUGAAGACGACGAUGAGGACGGGGACAAGGAGGACGAUGGCGAGGGCGGAGACCCAGACUUUCUAAAGUCCUAUCCUGAAGACACCGAGGAACUGCAUCUGCUCCACCUCCGUCUCAAAACACCUACUCUCAUACCUUUGAACUUUCCCAGAUUCAGGAAGCACCUCACAAGGUUGUGUUUGAGACAGAACGAGCUCACUUCGCCUCUCCCGUCAGAGGCCUUUGAGGGCCUAACUGAGCUGGAAGAGAUUGAUUUCUAUGAUAACCGUCUUGGCCCUGUGGUCCACGAUGACGAGCUCAAGGGAGCACCCAACGUCACUUCCGUCGAUUUCAGUUUCAACAAUCUCCGUCACGCGCCCAAACUCGUCUCUCUCAAGAAGGUCGACACCUUGUACCUUAUCCAGAACAAGAUCUCGCGCGUCGAGGAAGGCGAGCUCGACUGGUGUGCUGAUACUCUGAAGAGUCUCGAGCUGGGCGGAAACAGGAUCAGGGCGAUUGAGAAUCUAGAAAAACUUGUGCAUCUGGAGGAGCUUUGGUUGGGAAAGAACAAGAUUCGUUCUCUUGAUAAUCUGUCAACUUUCUCCAACCUCAAAAUCUUGUCUAUACAAUCCAACCGAAUCACCAAGCUCGAAAAUCUUGAAGCCCUUGUCAACCUUGAAGAGCUGUAUCUCUCCCACAACGGUCUGACCAAGAUUGAGGGUCUCGAACACAACACCAAAUUGACCACUCUCGACGUUGGCAACAAUGCCAUUGAAGAGAUUGAGAAUAUCUCUCAUCUUCAAGACCUCGAGGAGUUCUGGGCGAGUAACAACAAGAUUGCCAACCUUCAUGCCCUGAAUACCCAACUCCGUCCCCUGAAGAACCUCGCCACCGUUUAUCUCGAAGGAAACCCUUGUCAAAGCAACGACCAAGGUGGUUAUAGACGCAAGAUCAUGUUGGCGUUGCCUCAAAUCAAGCAAAUCGAUGCUACGUGA